AUGAGGGCUGGCUUGAGGCACCAGAGCGCUGAGAGAGGCGUUGGCAGAGGCGCUGAGAGAGGAGAGACUGUGAUCAGAGGCCGUGAACGAGGCGCUAGGGCGUGCGAGGCCCCGCAGAGACUCGCCAGAGAGGUGCUGAGAGGAGGCACUGAGCAGAGACAGAUUUCUGUCGUGGAUGGAGUGCUUGGAUGCAGAGGGAGAGUGAUCUCAGAUUCAUGUCAUCGAGAUCGAGAGGGAGUGUUGAGUCCAAUGUGCAGGUCCGGGGUUCUCGAGGAACUGGGAGACCAUCCCAACAGCAUAGGCGAGAUCUGGUCGCGUGCCCAGCAUCAAAUAAACAAGACUUCCCACAGCUUGACGAUAUGGCACCGUGGCCAUGUACUCACGUUCUUCCUCUGUGACAGGGGCCAUGUCACGGCUGAGUUUGUGAUUGACCUCAAGAGGUGUGGCCACGGAAGAGCAGUCCAGCAUAUUGAAGCGUUCCAAGAUCUCCCUUGCAUAGUGAGCUUGUGUCAAACUCAAGGUGCGUGCUCCUCGAUUGCGUAUAAUUUGGAUGCCAAGGAAAUGGCGACGCUCGCCCAGGUGGCGGGUUUUUGCACCGAGAAUGCAGUCGUCAACGUACACAGCAACCAGGAGAAAAUCGUCACCACACUUGUACAGGUACACGUUUCCUUCCACUGCAAGAGGAACACACCCCAGGCUCUUGAAGAACGCAUCAAUGCGUUCAAACCAAACCCUCGGGGAUUGUUUAAGCCCAUACAGGGCGCGAUUCAGCUUGCAAACAAGAUGUUCCUCACCAGGAAAGCAGUGCGAACGUCCAACUGGUGCAGUUCCAGGUUGUACUUGGCAGCCAGUGCAAGGAUCACUUGCACAGAGGUCCACUUCACAACUGGUGAGUACGUCUCCAUGUAUUCCAAACCUGGAAUCUGGCUGAAUCCCCGUGCAACAAACCUGGCCUUGAACAUUGCUACAGUUCCAUCAGGUUUGUACUUGACUGUGUAAAUCCAUUUUGAGCUCACAAGGUGAGCACCUUCAGCAUUCAUGGCUUCUCGCCACUGGGCAGCAUGAGGUCCGGCUAAUGCCUCGUCAACAUUCGCUGGAAUGGGGAUUCGCUCUAGAUUAGCAGCCACGAAGUUAGCCUGGUGCGUUCCUUUCUUUUUAAUUUUUCCAAAACUAAAGAAGGGACGAGAUUGCUCAGCUUCCAGUUGCAGCCUCGAUGGUACAGGAACUCGAGCAGAGCACCGUGGUUCAGGACAUGCUGGAGGGUGGAUCACAGGUGGUGGAACAAGUGGAGAGUCUGGGAGAGCUCCCACUGAAGUUGGCAACCUGCUUCCAGCGCACACUGAAGGUGAUGAUCCACGUCCAGCUCCCACUGAAGAUGAGCCAAGGAAGAACUCAGGAGCAGCUUGAAAUUCCUCAUCGCCCUCGAAAGGCGUAGCUAGAGGGCGUGGUGGCAGUGCUGGAGGAACCACCAAGUUACCACCAGCAAGAGCAAAAGGCAGCAACGGGACUUGAGAAGGAGCUGUAGUCACGUGAACUGUGUCCACCAGCUGGAGUUCCACAAAAGUAGGAGCAGGAACUUCAGCGCAAUCC